AUGUCUGUAGCCCCGAGAAGAAAGCGGGAAAGAUCUUCUGAAGAUGCUUCGCAGGUUGGGUUGGGGUUGGAAAAUCCAAAUCGUCCAGCGAGCAAAGAUGACCAGGGCCCGAUGGGAUGGUUCAACCCCUCUGGCGGUGGUCCCAAGACCGCCACUUGGGACGAAGGAAAAUGUGUGCUCCUUUCUCUUCCGUCACAGUCAACAGCGCUUCUUCGGUCAUCCAACGGGCUAGCUGCAAGCGCGAGAGAGCGGACGGAUGAAAGAGCCCUGCGGGUCACAAGUGGGAUGAAGUUUGGGGGCUAUUCAGUGGCUGCAGAUGUUGGAUGUGCUGUGUACAGUUUGCAGGAGACUAAGAGGGGGUCCGGCCAAGACGAGUGGACGAUGCGGGACAAAAUCCCUGUCCCUGGUUCGUUUAGCUAUGACAUGGAAGGCCAGUUUUUCCUCGGCGCCCCGGGAUGCAGUCGAAGAGAACAUGAUGGCGAGUCAGGCAUAGGUUGCACAUAG